AUGCUCAGGGGCAAUUAUGUCGGCGGCGUCGUGGAUAACAACGAAUCAAAAGGAUUGAGCUGCUUGACUCAGAUGCAACUCCACGAUUUCAAGACCCAGUUCCAGCGCUGGCUCGCUGCCGAGUCCCAGCUGCUCAUGGGGCUGUCUGAAGAGUCAAUCCGCCAGGGCCGAGAACACACCAUCUAUGUCGUCGGGUUCUGUAUCUGGGAUAUCCGGCGCCUCGUCUCAGAGAGCUACGGCGAGGCAACUAGCUCGGUUGACCGUCACAUUACCACGCUCGUGUACCAGCUGGAUCUGCUGUAUGAGCAACGCAGCUCGGUGCACCUCAAGGCCAUUUUGACGCAGACGGUCGACGUGACUUUCCUUCCCGCGCUCAAAUCCGUGGUGGGUGAUUAUUACCAAGACGAAGUGAGUAACCUAGAGCAUUGGAACCAGAAGCUGCGUGGAAGGCUGCCGGUUGGGGCCCGACGAGACUACCAGCUCUACGUGGUGGGUAUCGAGGCAGAGAACGGGUUAGGGAAGGGCCAGGACCCGGAGUGGGAGAAUAUCGUUGACCUCUGUGUCGAAACCGGAGUGCAGGUCAUGAUGUCAAAGGUGAAGAAGCCGUGUGAGGACCCUCACAGGAACUAG